AUGAGGCUAGGCCCGAUUAUCCUGUCGUGGGUCACGGCCACGGCCGGCUGGCUGGGCCCGUCGAGCGGAAUCACGGCGACGGCGAUGGCGACGUCGCGCACCUCGCGCUCCCGGGACUACGAGCUCUCGACGGAGUUCUUCCUGGUGCCGUCCGAGAUCGGGCACGGCCUGGCGAGCGUGGCGAGCGUCAUCAGCGUGCCGGCGCCGAAUCGGACCAUCACCGUCUUCAGGACGCCGCCGGGCGUCAGGAAGAGCCAGGAGGUGGACAUGCGACCGACCCCGAAGUCCUUGCUGAAGCAACGACCCUGGGCCCUGCCGCUCGCCGCGCUCAGCGCCGCGGCGAUGCUCCUCAUGGCCGGCUUCGAGGUCUUCGUAUUGUUCAAGGCUAGAGCAACGGCACCGAAUAGACGACACUUGUUUCUGGGCCAGGCGUUGCUUCUGGGCCUCUUCCUCUUGGCGGGUCUCUCGGCCGCAGCCUCGCUCAGCCAAAAUCCGCUGUCCUGCGCCGCUUUCCGGUUGGUAGGUCUCCCCGCCGCCCUCGUGUUCGCCGCUCUGCUGGUCAAAUGCGUUUUCCUGCUCUCGUUGAACAGCGGCGUGUACCUGCCGGCACCCUAUCAGGCGCUGGUGCUGGUGUUCGCGGUGUUGGUGCAGGUGGCCAUUGUCGGGCAAUGGUUUUACGGCGAACCACCUGCGGUGAUCCAGGUGCAGCAGCAGCAGCAGCAGCAGCAGCAGCAAGCGACGGGCCAAAGCUCGCCGGCGUCCACCACCUCCUGCAGGACCCCGCUCGGACAGAUAGUGGCUUCCCUCGGGUAUCCCGGAGCACUGUUAGUGGCAGUGGCGUGUUUAGCGGUCCGUGCGCGGGGCGUCCGGGACAAUAAUCGGGAAGCGGCCUUCAUCGGUCUGGCGGUCGGCCUCUCGCUACCGAUCUGGAUCUCCAGCGGGAUCGGCACGCUCGCGGCCGGCAACGAGGGCGACCGGGAGGCCUGGCUGGCCUACGGCCUGCUCGCCACGUCGCUCUUCGUCUUCCUCACGAUGUUUCUGCCGAAGGGACGCCAGCUAGCCGCCCUGGGUCGCGAGGGACCGGCCGCGGUCAUACGCGAUCGCGACGACGCUCUCAGCUCCCUCCCCGGCAGCGGCUACUCGCCCUCCUUCUUCCACUUCAAGCCCGCGGAGGCGUCCCUGAAGAGGAAGAUGCAUUACCACAGUGCCGAUCGAGUCGCACUGGUCUCGUCCGGGAUACCUGGAUGCAGCGCCUGCAGGCACGGAGGAAGUCCCAUAUACUCGGACGAUGUACACGGACCGAUGGAGACGUUCGUUUUGCCACCCGGUAUGUACUUGAGGCCGGAGGACGCCGGGAAUCUCUACACGACCUUGUCGGCCAAUCCCAACGUGUUCUUCCAAAGGGCUGCUCAUCCCGGAAUGAUGUAUUGAAUCGAAACUUAUCGUCGAACGUCCAAGACUCGUAUAUGAUACGCGUGUCGCGUCCUCGGAGAUUAGACUACGGACAAGCGCGAUUGUUGAUCUCUCGUUAUUGUAAAUAAUCAUCGUUAUCAGGAUCUUGGUGAACGACUCUACAUAUGUAUCUUCUCUGUAACUCGGACGAUCAUCGCGGGAGUGUAUCCCGCGCCAGAUACGCGUACGCGAUCAAUUCGCUGCAGAUCGCCGCGAGCAAUAAAUGAGCCUGCGUGCCGCGAAUCACCGAUGCGAGAGACUCGAACUGGCAGUGUAUGUACUAUA